GAAGCAGCCCACAGAUUCUUCAAAACCCCAUUUACUGUGUGUAGUUCGUUGGAGACAUCGGCUCCAUAAUCUCGCGUUUCCCCAACGCGACGCACACGAGCCUAUAAGAACAAUCAAUCUCCCAUUCAUAACAUCCUCAAUUCUUCAUUGCACGCAUUGAGUUGAGACUUGGGAGCAUCGAUAUGCAGAGUCUGCAACAGAAAGCUUCAGAGUGGAGUGGCGUUGACCAGGAAGAUGCCUUCUCCAUUGACGAGGUUAAUCUUUUUGAGAAGCUAGGGCUUCAGACUUUCAUCAAUCUCUCCACUGAUUUCUACACAAGGGUUUAUGAUGAUGAAGAAGAGUGGUUUAGGUCUAUUUUCGCUGACUCAAAAAAGGAAGAUGCCAUUCAGAAUCAAUACGAGUUUUUUGUGCAAAGAAUGGGAGGACCUCCUCUGUACUCUCAAAGGAAAGGCCACCCUGCUCUGAUAGGGAGGCACCGCCCAUUUCCGGUGACUCAUAAGGCGGCAGAGAGGUGGCUACACCACAUGCAACAAGCAUUAGAUAACACUACAGACAUUGAUCAUGAUUCAAAAACCAGAAUGCUAAAUUUCUUCAGGCAUACUGCAUAUUUUUUGGUGGCUGGUAAUGAUCUGAAAAGUCAAAGCCAAGGAGCUCCACCUUGUAAGAAUGGAACCAACAAACCAGCUGCAGAAUAAUUCUAUUCUUUUUUUUUAGAAAAAUGUGAUAUAAAGAAAUUUGUUACUGGAAAAGAGACAUAGAUGUCAUUUAACUUCAAAUAAAUUAGUUUUUUAAUGAUAAAUGUUCUUCAAUACACAAUAUGCUUAUGGUUUUAUUCAUGCUUCCAAAAGAGGGGGCUGCAUGUUUGUGCUUUUAUUACUUAUGUUUGUAGAAUAUUUAAAUUAUUAUGAUAAGUGUUUAAAUUAGGUUUUGUGAUUUA